UUUAGGUUGUUUCUGCUCGAGAAGAUUUAACAGGUGGUAUACGUAGACACCAGCUGCUAGCUUCAGCUAACCUGUGUGCCUUCCGAUUUUAAUGCUGGAUUUAAGACUGCUCCAGCUUUAAUACUAAGUGUUUAAAAUGGACGACAGUCAACUAUCUAAAGAGAGCACGGAGCGGUCGGAAUUGGUAUCCGAGGACGGAAAGAACAUCAAAUCUGUGUUGUGUCAACGCUGCGGGUCCAAGGUGCUGUGUCCUGGGAUGGCUGUGUUUUCGGAGAAAGAGGUGUUCCUACCAUCCAUGCGGAAAAAGAGUGGCCUCAGCAGCACAGAAGGCUCUGUGGAUGGAGACACCCUGAAUGCCCACUGGUUGGUGCCAGACAUGUACGAUUUUGAGAAUGUGGGCUUCACUAAUAACGUUGGGAGAAUCAAGUAUCUCAUCUGUGCAGACUGUGAGAUCGGACCCAUCGGCUGGCACUGUUUGGAUGACAAAAGAAGUUUCUAUGUUGCUUUGGAAAGGGUGACUCAUUCAUAAUGUAAAUGCGUAUGUAAUAGUAGCAGAACUGUUUUUUAAAUGUCUUGGCAGGCUAUGCAUCUUUACAUGGAUUUUCCCUGAAGCUGACCCCAACCCUACCCUUUUCUCUCUCACACACAAAAGAUCCUGGUGUUAUGUACAGAAUUGUUUGUGAUUAAAAAUGGGCACUGCCGUUUUCCUUUGUGACAUUGAUAACAGUAUCCUGUCCAAAUAAAAAGUACUGAAAACCGAUGCUGAAUGCCACACCGCCACUGGUUACAACUAACAUGAUGUCGUAGUGUCGUUUAGCAAGUUUUGGGCAGUGAUGAAAUAAAUAAGGACUUAAUGAUACUGUGUUCAAAGGCGUGUGUGAAGCUAUUUUUAGGAAUUCAUAGUUUACUGCUAAUACAAUUGGAUCAUUAAUAACUGUGUUCUGUUUUGUAUAAUUAUAAACUAAACUUUGUGGUUUUGGACUGACAAAUCAAUCUAAAGCUUGGCUUUGAAACAUAUAAUGAGCAUUUUCAGUUUUUAACACUUUGUACAUAAAUCUUUUAGUUAUUUGAAGAUAUAAUCAAAUGUGCUGUAAAGGAAAUACUCAUAUUUUAAAACUCUAAAAAGCAAUUCACUGUACACUGUGCUGAAGUCUGAUGAUCUACCUUUUAGGUAAUUCAGACAUGGUAUUUGCACAAUUGUUAUUGCAGAAGCUGUAACCAGUUGUAAAUGAACUCAUAAGAUGUAAAAUAUGCAAUUUAAAACAUUAACAGCAGCAUCACACUGUAUUAUCAGGUAAUUUGCAUCCUCUAUUAACAUGUUUUUACUAAAACUGCUUAUACAGACAAAAAUGUGCUGAAACCAACUAAGUUUAUGUAUUGUGGAUUUCUUUAAGUGAUAAAAUGUUGUUUAUUUCCCCAAUUUGCUCAUUUGUUAAAGGUUACCACUAGAGGCUACAGUUUCAUCUUUAUGCCUUUGCACUGGAGGCAAGAUCUGUGACUGGAAGAAGUGUUUUUGGGUUUUCAAUCCCAUUCUUAUGUAGGAAUAUCUCAGGAACAUCUUGAGGGUGUUUCUUAAAAUUUGGGAAAAACAUCCCUUUGCACUCAGACAGAGACCUGCUUAGGCUUUUGUGACUAAAGGUUACUGUGACCCCACAUUUAUGGGCAUAAGCUAAGAAUAAUUGGUGUAAUUAUGACAAAAUUUCACACAAAUGGGUACUAUGUUAAAGUGAUGACAUUGUUUUGUGAGAGGUUAAGGUCAAACCUUAUACCAAAUUAAACCAAAUACAUUUUUAUGACCAGAAUUCAACGACAUAGUCCUUGGUCAAGUCUAAUAUACGAAGCAGCAUAUUUCUUAAUUGAAUAAUAUAUUUCACUACAGUAAUAACUCCCAUUUCAAUAAAAUAAACAUUCUUUCCAGGUUGUCAUUAUGUGAGUGAUUGGCAGAGGUAUACAAAUACAAGGUAGUAGAACUUUAUUACUUCAAAUAUUUGUGAUACCAGUCAAAGUAAACCUGAGAUGUCCAGUGUUUUUUGUUGUUUUUGUGUGUUGACAGAAAUGAGAUGAGAUUAAAGAUCUAUUUUGAUGACGGAACAUGCAUAAAAGAAAAUAGAAUAAACUGGAAAGUGUCCUUGGU